CCUCGACGUGAGAUAUAAAGUUCAAGGUCGGAGUAUAAAAGAAAAACCGAAUUGAAUAAUUCGACUUCCCUUCAAUCGAGUGGAAAGAAAAGAAAUUUGAAUUAUGAGUCUCAACCAAACAAUUGGACAGAAAUGUCCGAUGGUUGUUUUAGCUGGAAAUUCUCACCCAGAACUUGCGAAUCUUGUGGCAAAGAGACUUGGUGUAAGAUGUGGAGAUAUGUCAGCUUAUCAUAAAGAAAAUAGAGAGACAGUUGUAGAGAUCAAGGAAUCGGUACGAGGGAAAGAUAUUUACAUCAUUCAGACAGGCACUAAAGAGAUAAAUAAUGAUGUAAUGGAGAUGAUGAUUAUAGCGUAUGCAUGUAAAACAAGUUGUGCACGUAAUAUAGUGGGCGUUAUUCCAUAUUUACCGUAUUCUAAACAAAGUAAGAUGAGAAAACGGGGUGCUAUUGUUUGUAAACUGUUAGCUACCAUGAUGGGACAAUCAGGUUUUACACAUAUUAUUACCAUGGAUCUACAUCAAAAAGAGAUUCAAGCUUUCUUCAACGUUCCUGUAGAUAACUUACGAGCUUCACCAUUUCUUAUUGAUUAUAUCAAAGAAUCAAUUCCAGAUUAUAGAAAUGCUGUUAUUGUGGCUCGAAAUCCAAACUCUGUGAAACGUGUUACAUCUUAUGCUGAAAGAUUGAGAUUAGGUAUAGCUGUUAUUCAUGGUGAAGAAAAGGUUUCAGAACAAGAAGAAGAUGAUGGUAGGAAUUCUCCCCCUCUAGUCGACAGUAUCAGUGGUAGAACUAAACAGUGUGGUUUAGAAAUGUUACCAGUGAUGCAUGCAAAGGAGAAGCCACCUAUAAAUGUUGUGGGAGAUGUCGGAGGUAGAAUAGCCAUUAUAGUUGAUGAUAUGAUAGAUGAUGUUGAUUCAUUCGUUAAAAUAGCAGAUGCAUUAAAAGAAAGAGGAGCGUAUAAAAUCUAUGUUAUGGCUACACAUGGUUUAUUGUCUUCAGAUGCUCCCAGAUUAUUAGAGAACUCCUGUAUAGAUGAGAUUGUUGUCACUAACACUGUACCUCAUCAAGCUCAGAAACUUCAGUGUCAUAAAAUUAAAACUGUUGAUAUUAGUAUUAUGUUGGUGGAGGCCAUCCGGAGAAUUCAUCAUCACGAAUCCAUGUCUUAUUUAUUCCGUAAUAUUGGUGUUGAUGAUUAGAAUGAUGAUGGUAGUUGUGAGAAUGUUGUGUUAAAGUAUAUGAAUGAUGUUGAAAGUUAUAUUCGUAUUUACAUGAAAGGAUGGAUGUUUGUUAUCCAUUCCUGAGGGAAACGCAAACGCUUCUUGGUUUGUCCUAAUUAAACAAAAAUGGUGUGGGUUUAAUUAUCUAUGUUAUGCUUCGGUUGUCUCAAGUUUUUGUUUUAGGACUCUAUAAGUGGAACAAUGAAAAACUAAUUACAAGGAUGCUUGUCUUUCAAAACAUUUUGUUUUGGCAUUUAAAGUAUUAUAAACUUCGACUACCUGGGAAUACAGUUUUUGACCCUGGGUAGUAUCAUUGCUCCAAAGCAUUUAUUGUUUUUCAAAUACAUAAUUUGCAUUUAAGUAUUUUUAUGGGCUUCAUUUAACCUUAGAGUUAAUCAUUUCUAAACAUUCUUACAUUCAUUAAUGAUUAGGCUCCCUUUGAAAUAUAUGUUUAUAAUUUAAAAGUGAUACUCUUUAUAUUUUUGAGCGGGGGGUCAAUUGUUUUUUCUAACAAACUUUAGACAUGUUUUUUCUUUUAGUACUUACCUUUUGUAUGAUUUUGCAUUGUAUACCAAAGAUUAUAUUUAAUCGGGAAAUUGAAAUUAAGAAAGAAGGAAUUUAAAAUAUUACAAGUCAUAUUACAAGUCACAAUGAUAUUAAUUGACAAAUUGUAAAUAACAUUUGAUACACUGUUCUUGUUGUGUGUUAUGGAAUCUUUACAAAAAUAGUUGAGAUGGGUGAUUUUUGACCAUUACACUGAUAGAUUUCAGAUGUUUAGUACAGUACUUAUAAGCAAUAAAGGAUGCCAUAUAAUUCUUUACUCAGUAAGGGGUCGAAAAAGUUCCCUAGGAUUGAGAGCCAAAAACCGCUGUCCUAUGUAGAGGUUGGUGUGGAUGUAAAACAAACCUUGGCAGUUGGAAUUACAUGUUGAGUUAGCAGAAAUGCCACUGCCCAGGUAAAAAUUUCCCUUAUAACACGCUGCAUGGCGUAUGUCCAUCCUUAUUUGCCUGGUUGGUGCAGAAAAGUAGGACAUUAAACCCUCUUUUAUUUCAAAGGUGUCUGUUGGAAUUUAUACAAACAGAAAAUUCAUAGUUUUGUUAAGAUGUUUUGUUUUUGUUUUAUUAACUAUUGUUGUUAGUCCAAUGUUGUUAUUGUUUAAAUCAAAUUAAACUAAAAGUUUGAAUGUAUGCCAAAGAAAAAAAAUGAAUUAGUUUUUUGUUUUUAGAUAUUGAAGUUAAACAGGAAAUAGAAGGAAGUACUGUUGUACUAUGAAUUGUUCAGUCUGUAAAUAACAGAUGAAAUGAUUUUGUUUAUAAAAUUGGGGAAUAUAUAUUAUAAUUAUGUAAGCAAUAUUGUAUGUUACUUUAUUACCCAUGUUGUCUCAUGUUAAUGAAAUCCAUACUGUACAUUUAUUAUUACUGCACUCUGUCAUCAAAUCUAAUACAAAUCCUGAAGAGGUCCAAAAACCAGACUUUAGAGGUUCAAUUAAUAUUUUUUAUUAUUCUCAAAAAGGACUUUUUGCAACACAAAUAGCCUUAUGCUGUCUUGUUGAGAAUGAUUAUGAACACUACAUGAAUUGAUCUGAUUGUGUCCUGACUACAGAUAUUUAUUUUCUAUUCUAACUACAGUUUCUAUUUAACAAUUUUACAGAAUAUAAAAAGAUACCAGUAUUUUGUAAGACAUGAGAGAAACUUGAUUCUCGUAUUUUUCCAUAAUAAACUUGAUGUGGUCA